AUGCCGGAAAGCUUCCCGCAAGAGACGGGACCAAGUAGAAAACGGCGAAAGAUACAGUCUCCCGAUGUGUUCAUAAGCCAUGCUGGCCCGGACAAGCUACACAUCGCACGUCCCCUUUCUGAGAAAUUGCAAGCUCAUGGUUUAAAUUGCUUCCUCGACAGAAUGUCGAUGGAGCCCGGGGACUACGAACAGGAUGAAAUGACGAAGGCUAUGGAAUCUGCGAAGGUCGGUGUUUUCAUUCUUUCUCCCGAGUUUGCGGCUCGAAAGUGGACGAUGAGGGAACUGCGUUGCUUCCUACGCCGACGGAUUGAGGCGAUAGGGAGUGGGAUGCGACCACCGACACUGAUUCCGGUGUUUUACAGACUAAGUAUUCCUGAAUGCGGAGAGUUGGAUCCAGAUCGCUACUGGGAUGAUGCAGGAAAUAAUAUUUUUGAAGUUGAGAAGUUUUUUAGCGAGGAACGACAGCGCGAAGCGAGCACGGAUACGGUGAAGGGGGAGCUACACGAGCUGGCAGAAUUCAAUGGGAUUGAAAAUGAAGUAGGGGCAACAAACCUGCCGGGAGAUCGAUUCGGCCAUGGUAAAAGGGCACAUCUUGUGGAGCAAGUAUUUCUGUGGGUGAAAAAGAAAUGUGAGGAGGAUUCAAGUGAUGAAGUGAGAGAAGUUUUGAAUGCAAGUGGCCAAGUUGGAACCCAAGCUGCCGUCACGUCCACCGCACGAUGUGCGGUUGAUAAGUUCACGCCCUGUAUACACGCAGAGCACAAUCCCGACGAAAUAUAUUUGCAACUGAAUUCUCGGGGGAUCGAUGGAUCACCGAAUACGUGUGAGGCGCGGCUAAAGGAGGCCGUGCUAAGUACCGAUAGGAAUACAAGUAUAGGAGCGACGGCAACGGGGAAGGGCGGAGUCGGGAAGACAUGCGCUCUUCGAGCGAUUGCGCACGACGAUGACAUCAAGGCUCGGUUUUCAGGCGGAGUGUACUUCAUGUCUUUGGGGAAAGACGCCAACGUAGGGCGGCUGAUUGAGCAACUGUGUAUAGCCGUAGAGGCGUCUGGUGGCAACCAGGCGGCUGCGAAAAUGCAGGAGCAAAGCGAGUUGAGCAGGGUACUGACCAAGAUGCGAGCAUGGUUCAACACACGUGUAUGCCUGUUCAUUAUUGAUGAUGUGUGGGCCGUGAAUGGUAUAGAUGCGUGUAUUCUUCAGAAGUUGUCCACUCUCGCUGCCGCCACAGGAGACAUCCGAGAGAGGAGCAGACUUCUGUAUUCCACGAGAGACUCAGAGCUGAAACAGGUCGGUAAGCGAGUGACUUUCGAGCCGAGGGAAAGAGAAGGGAGAGAUUCAGUUCACAUGCUCAUGCUCGCGAGCGGGGCGAACCCGGAGGAAGCGAAUGAUCCGAGAUGCAAAGAGGCCGUGAGCAAAAUCUUGAAAUUGUGUGCUGGUUUGCCGCUGGCUCUGAACGUAGCCGGGACGGGUGUCAGGUACAUGAGAGAUAGAUGGGAGGGAGAAAAGUCACAAGCGUGGGAGACAUACCUUUCGAAGAUGAAGAGCCGCAACACGAUUCGUAGUGAGAGUCCAGGGGAUGGGUAUUUGUUGUCGUUAGACGCGACAUUACAUGCGUCACUAGAGAUUGUGGAGUCCGGCAUGGGGAGCGAUGCGGAGAGGUUAGGUCAGUUUUCGUUUCGAAAGAUACAUCGGAGUCUGUGUGUUAUGAAGAAACAAGACCGGAUGCCUUUGUCGUUGGUAAGAGAUUUGUGGGAGAUGGACUACGAAUCGGCUGAAAAGUACGCGAUUCAGAUGGAAAGGGUUGGUUUAGUAGACCUUCAUUACGACAAGGAUUGUGGGUGGAUACGGAUGCAUGAUCUGACGCACGAUUUUGCGGUGCAGGAGGCGCAGAAGGAAGAAAGUGUAACGGUUUGGUAUAAGAAGUUGGCAGAUGUAUGCCGGCAGGGAAGAGGACUGCUUGGUAUGACUGAGAGCGAGGGUAGAGAGAGCAAGGAUGCAAGAGAGAAGUAUGUUUUCGAGAAUAUAUAUCGCGUUCUGAAACAGGGCGGGUAUGUGGAGGAGCUGAAGAAUCUAUUCUUGAGUGCGCGAUGGGUGAAGGCAGUGAUACAGAGAGGAAGUGUGCGGCAAUACGAGGAAGCUGUAAAGGAUCUCAAUAGCUUUUUGAGGAACACGGGAGGAAGCGAGAGCCUUUUAAGGGAUACCAGAGAAGAAGAUUCAGUGUAUGCGAUGGAAUUGAUGAUGAGAGCUGCACGACUGAGUGUACCUUUUUGUGGUGAAAGCAGUGCAGGGAUUUACUUUCAACUGCACGGAAGAAUCAAGCACAGGGCAUCAGAAUUAUGUAGUGUGCGAGGGAUACUCGACGAAAUCGAGGAACACGCGCCACGACCAUGGCUGCGGCCUGUGAGUGAAUGUGUAGGGCGAGCGGGAGGAAGUUUGGUGCAGCACAUUGUGCUUCGGACUACCGCUCACGAAGUCGGCAUGGACUCAACGGGUGGCGUGUAUGGACUCUAUUCGAACUCGCGCCGUACCAGGAUCACAGUUUUCGCACAGUCUCCAGACAAGGAAAUGAAGAUGACUAAAUUAGACAACGAUUUUGGAACGGGGAGCCGAGAAUUAACGUGCGGUUGUGUCAGCAUGAGCAAACGCUAUGCAGUUAUCGGAUAUGGUGAUGGGACACUACAGUUCUGGAGUGUAUCGGAAAAGAAAAUGUUGUGGAGUGUCUGCGGUCAUGAAUCGCGGGUGCGUAGCGUUGCGAUGAGUGGUGAUGGAAAACGUGCAGUAUCUGGAUCGGAUGACGAGAGCGUACGAGUUUGGGACGUGGACACAGGACUGCAAAUCGGCGACGCAUUAACUGGACACACGGAUUGGGUGAAUAGCGUUGCGAUGAGUGGUGAUGGAAAACGUGCAGUGUCUGGAUCCCGGGACAAGAGCGUACGAGUUUGGGACGUGGACACAGGACUGCAGAUCGGCGACGCAUUACCUGGACAUACGCUUGCGGUGCGUAGAGUUGCGAUGAGUGGUGAUGGAAAACGUGCAGUAUCUGGAUCCUGGGACAUGAGCGUACGAGUUUGGGAGGUGGACACAGGACUGCAAAUCAGCGAGGUAUUUGGGCACACGCAUUGGGUGCGGAGCGUUGGGAUGAGUGGUGAUGGAAAACGUGCAGUAUCUGGAUCGGAAGACGAGAGCGUACGAGUUUGGGACGUGGAUACGGGACUGCAAAUUGGCGACGCAUUAACUGGACACACGGGUGGGGUGCGCACGGGUGGGGUGUAUAGCGUUGCGAUGAGUGGUGAUGGAAAACGUGCAGUAUCUGGAUCCUUGGACAAGGGCGUACGAGUUUGGGACGUGGACACAGGACUGCGAAUCGGCGACGCAUUAACUGGACACACGAGUGUGGUGUCUCACGUUGCGAUGAGUGGUGAUGGAAAACGUGCAGUAUCUGGAUCCUGGGACAAGAGCGUACGAGUUUGGGACGUGGACACAGGACUGCAAAUCGGCGAGGCAUUUGGGCACACGCAUUGGGUGCAGAGCGUUGGGAUGAGUGAUGAUGGAAAACGUGCAGUAUCUGGAUCCUGGGACAUGAGCGUACGAGUUUGGGACGUGGACACAGGACUGCAAAUCGGCGACGCAUUAACUGGACACACGGGUAGGGUGCGGAGCGUUGCGAUGAGUGGUGAUGGAAAACGUGCAGUAUCUGGAUCCUUGGACAAGAGCGUACGAGUUUGGGACGUGGACACAGGACUGCAAAUCGGCGACGCAUUAACUGGACACGCGGGUUGCGUGACGAGCGUUGCGAUGAGUGGUGAUGGAAAACGUGCAGUAUCUGGAUCCUUGGACAAGAGCGUACGAGUUUGGGACGUAGAGAAAGGGAUUACAGUUCAUCUCGGAAAGUUGGAGGACUGGCAAGAUAUCGUGGAGAGAUUUCUGAAUGCAGAGGACUUGGGUGCCGUCUCUCGCACUGGACAUAGGCGCAAAAGGCGCAAAGUUUUUGAGAGCGGGGGGAAAAUUGUGCAUGAGCGAGAGGAUGGCUCUGAGGCUGUUUUGACGCAGCUGGAGAGUACGGUAACCUGGUGGGAGGUAGACGAUAAUCAUGGGGUCUUUGUUGCAGCGGCCGGCAACCGGGUGGCUAUUAUGAAGCUAGUGGUCUAGGUGUGUAUAGGUCUAGGUGUGUAUAUUCUACUUCCCUUGUCCUCUCGGCCAGACACAGACGUUUCUAUUGUACGGUACGUGGUGGCACCUGUGGUGGGGAUAGCCUGUCUGGUUUUCUUACAUGAAAAAAAUCUUGAGAAUUCCGGUUUAUUGACCGCGUCGUCUGGAAUCUUCUGCAGCGUGCAAAAGGGAGAAAUACGUGACCUGUCUUCAGGAAACGUCAGUGGGGGCGAAAACGCAGCCUGAUGCGCGCUACUGUCUCAUGGCGAUGCUAUGGCCCCUGUCCCAUGAGCAUGAGAAAUGCAUGGGACAUAUGCACGGGUUGACGAUGAAUACGUAGGAUACACGAUGGAAAUCGAGUCAUCCCGUUUCGUGUGGUGAAGGCCGACAGCUUUUGAAGUUUCUGUGGAAGUGAGCGAUUUCCUGCGCAAUGGCGGUGGCAACAGGGAGCUCAGGCACGUCCUCAGGAGGUACGGUACCCUUCUCACUCUCUGCCUUCCUUGAGAGAGUGGCACCUUGAGAGAGUGGCAUAUUGUUUUGUAGUGCGGUGCUGUUUGCAUGCAUCCGUGCACACCAACAGUGAGGGCGUGUCUUAACAGGCUAGUUUUUGCUUGCCUUGCCCGGUUUUGCCAGGAAUACUUUUAAAUUCUUAACAAAUACCGUAUGCUUCUUAAGCCCUUGCUUUUCUUAAACACAUAAAUUAAAACGU